AUGCCAAAGGCCCUUGGAAUUUUUGGAGAGACCUGGCAAACAGGAAACCACUUCCCACGUCUCUGGGCAUGGAAACUGCUAAAACUGGAACUGACAACUGCAGAUGAGAGAUCCUUGGAACAGCAGAAUUUUUCCUUUUUCUCAACAGUGCAUGAAAGCAUAUCAGGCAGCAGGACACAAACGGCCUUAGCAAGGAGUACUUUGGAGUCCCAGGAAAGUAAUUUGCUUCAAACAGUUUUAUCAUCAGUUACCACUUCCUUUGAUGGGACUUUACUUAGCCAAGAAGAAACAGCCAUGAUUUCAGAAGGGAGAAGUACGCCGAUGGUAGAUGUCUCUGUAAGGAGCAAUGAGGCAUUCCUAAGUGAUGAUGAAUUUAUUAGCUCCUUUUCAAAGGCACAGUGGACUCCUCCCGUGAAGUCUUUUGCAGUUUUAACAGAUCAUCACUCAGUUAAUACAGUAGAGCCAUCAAGAGAAAUGUUAGAAACUGUGUUGCUAACACCUUCAUUAUCUGUAUUUUCUUCACUGUAUGAUAUCUCAGAAACAGCACAGCAGAAGACUCCCUUGAGUGCUGUCCCUGAACGCAGCUACACUCUCAUGGAGCUAAAGCCUUUUGUACCAGAUCCUGAAAUACUAACAGCAAGCAGAGAUGUGCUGUUGUACCCUCCAAAUACAGCUGUUGCUUUCACGUCCAUUCCUUCUGACAGGGGAGUUGUGGCACAGGAAAACAUCAAUGCAAGUUUAACAGCUCUGCCUUUUGGGGGUGCUUCAGAGGGAUCUCCUCUCCAUCUCAAGCUGCGGGGUGAAACCAGCCCUGGGGCCCCAGAUGCCACAGUGCAAGGUGCAGACCUGUAUGGUGAUGUUUACACCCAUGUGAGUAGCAGGGCAGCAGAAUCUCUCAGUCAAAGGACUUACCCCACUCCAAGCAUUCCCUGGCACACACCAGCUUCAGCAGCCAGUGCUGAGCCUGCUUUUUAUCCUAUUAGUCUUCCACUUGUGUCUUUCCCUCUGGAUUCAGCUGCCAUUUCCGUGAACUCUAAGACAGUUCUUAAUGCCAGCCUGUUUACACACGAAUUCUCCACUACAGCACCAAAUUUGCCUGCUGGUUCAGAAAUACCAAGUCAAUCAGAGCUUGCCAGUGAGCUCAAGAGUCCAGUGCCUUUCACGAGAUCCUACGGUUACUGUCUGUAUUGUGACUCUGUUUCCCUUCUGCCAGAAGCAGGCUUUGCCCCAGAACACGAUGUGGGCUCAGGCGAUGAUGCUGAAACUUUGUCCAUCAGAGCCUCUGAAGUACAAGGCAUAACUGCAUUUACAACUAUAAUUACUGAUGGGUAUGACUUAGAGGAACCUACACCUGAGACUUUUGAUACUUCUUUUCCAUCAAGACCAGUUGUUUCACUUUCUUCAAGACUCGCAGAAAUCCCUGACUCAAGCAUGUUUUUAUUAAGCACUACAGACACUAGAACACCUAUAACAAUAUCUCCCUCCUUCCAUCAGCUCCCUGGGGAAACAUCACUGAACAUCUCUGUUUCCCAGACCCUCCCUGUUCUGGAAACAAUUUCAUUGACUCCAAGUGCUCAUGUGGAAUUUCCUGGUGCCACCACUGCUCUGUUGGACUCUGCCAUCACCCCCAGCGAGCCAGUCACAUCGUUCGCAAUCAGUCGGACAACCUUGCUGGAGCUGCCAGAAUUAAUGCCAUCAGAAUCCGUGGUUUUGCUUGACAAGACUUCUACAAGGGAUGAACUGUCUUUAAAUAUUUCAGAUUUUCCAUCCAAUCUUUUAUCAACGCCGUUUCUUAUUGAAUCUAGCUACUUGUCUUUAUCGCUGACCAUGAUAAAUUCUUACUCUGUCAUGCAAAGUGAUUUAUUAACACUGUUACCUCAGACCUUGUUGACUGGGACAUCAGUACUUCCUGAGGAUGUUACCAGCUGGGACUUAGCUACCACUGUCAGCUCUGCCACUGAUGCCGAGGUUUCUCAGUUACAUCUUAGCCAAACACCAUACUUUCAUUCCAACACAUCGUCCCUUCCAGAUUCACAGGUUCCUGAAAUAAUGCCAUCAUCGGAGUUUCACUCCGAGUCAUCUGUGUUUCUGGAAGCGUCCUCGGUACUGCCAGUGGGCUCUGAAGUUGUGUUUACCUCAGCUGCCACAGGAGCUACCUCUCAGUUGGAGCCUUCCCUCUCCACCUCUCCCUCUGUGGCUCCUACCCUGGUGCUGCCCGCUCCCGACACCCAGUCUGUUACCAGCAGCAUCUUGCUCAGUGAAACAAAUCUGAUCUCUUCGUUUACUACCUUCCCAGCAACUCCUGUCUUAAACAUAUCUUCAUCUCUACUUUCAACUGCUCUGGGCUCUGAUGAGGAUAUUGGUGCUACAGUUAACCCCACGCUGCUUUUAACAUCUGGCAGCAGGGGCAGUGUCCCCACAGCCAUUCCUCCCACAGACCCUGACAUCCUUGCAUCAGAUGCUGACACCAUCAGCAUAACACCCUUUCCUACAGCAUCUCUGCCUGUGACCUCGUCGUUUUCUCCCACACAAUUCCCUCUGACUGCCAGCCCUCCCCCUGGACAUGAAGUUCCAUCAGGAAGCAGUGUAACUGCUGGUGCUGAUCCAUCAGCUGCUGCCACCAGUGCUACAGGCAGCCCAGGGACAAUCUCCUCCAGUGUUACAGGCAGCCCAGGGACAAUCUCCUCCAGUGCUACAGGCAGCCCAGGGACAAUGUCCUCCCCCCCUCUGAGGAGCACUGCUCCACCUGAAGUGGUGGCUGUGACCUCUGCUGUGACAACCACCAGGCAGCCGUACGUCUGCGACAUCACUGUUCCCAACGCCUACUUGGUCACUGCGGUGCUGGCCCGAAGAGCUGUUCUACGAAAUGUCACUGAAUCCAUCAGAGAAGUGCUCAGAGUUCAGUUCAGGAGAUCAGUAGAGCUGGAGGUUUAUAAAAUUUCUCCCAGAUUUGCUUUCUUGGUGACAUCGGGUCCCUUUGUUUACACGGCAAUAGCUGUCAUAAAUGCGCUUUUGAACAGCAGUCUUCUUCGUGGGGAGGCCCCCAUCAUCCUCUCACUGCACCCUUCUUUCACUGUGCCAGACAACAGGUUCCAGGUUCAGACAGUGCUUCAGUUUGUACCUCGAAACGUGGAUAUUGGAUUUUGCACCUUUAGCCAGCGCAUUGAGAAAGGGCUGACAAUGGCAUUCCUGGAGGUGAACAAGCACCAGGAGUCCUACAACUUCACUGUGCAGAUACUGAACAUAACUCUGAGCAGGCCUGGGUUGGCAUUUCGACAGGGCCCUGUGAGCAUUGUCUUUGCCAUCCGAGACAGGUACGGUUUUCUCAAUGGGUCUGAAGUCAGUGAGCAGCUCAGAAACUUGUCCGUGGUGGAAUUCAGCUUCUAUCUGGGCUUCCCUGUGCAGCAGAUUGCUGAACCCUUUCAUUAUCCUAAGCUUAAUGUGUCCCAGUUGAUGAAAUCUUCCUGGGUGAGAACAGUUCUCCUGGGUGUGGUUGACCAGCGGGUUCAGGAGGAAGUGUUCCGGGCUGAGAUGGAGCGGAAACUUGCUCACCUCUUCAACGAGGCUUUGCUCAGAGGCAGGAUCUGGAGGCGGGCCAGCUUUGCAGGCACCAAUGUUGUGCAGAUUGUGAACGUGUCACGCUUAGUUGGUGUUGAUAACCCUGUGGAGCUGAUCUACUUCGUGGAGGACCAGGAUGGGGAGAGGCUGAGUGCUCUGAAGUGCUCAGACCUGAUGAACAGAGUGGACAUCCAGCGGGCUGCCAUCAUCCUUGGGUACCGCAUCGAGGGCAGCGUUGCACAGCCUGUGGAGAGGCUGAAGGAGCCCACGUCAGAGACUCAGAACAGCAACCUCUGGAUUAUCGUUGGGGUGGCAGUCCCAGUUGCUGUGGUGCUCCUGAUUGUGAUUAUUUUAUACUGGAAACUCUGCAGGACAGACAAGCUGGAGUUUCAGCCAGACACAGUGAGCAACAUUCAGCAGCGACAGAAGCUACAGGCCCCCAGUGUGAAAGGCUUUGAUUUUGCUAAGCAGCAUCUGGGCCAGCACAAUAAAGAUGAUGUCCUGAUUAUCCAUGAGCCAGCUCCUUUACCAGGACCCAUUAAGGACACAACCCCAUCCGAGAACGGAGAUGUGCCCAGCCCCAAAUCCAAGACUUCCACAAAGCCUUCAAAGACUGUUCGACACAGAGGGAGAAUUUCGCCGUCAGAUGCUGAAUCCACAGCAAGUGAACAAUCCAGCGGGAGAGAGACCGGAGAGGAAAGUGCAAGGCCAUCAACUGCUGCAAACGAGGGCAAGCCACGCAGAGCAGUGAAGAAGGGAGCAAACAGAGUGGGACCUCCUCAGACCAGCAGUGGAAACGAGCAGCACUCCUCAGCCUCCAUCUUUGAGCAUGUGGAUAGGAUGUCCCGUUCCUCAGAUGCCAGCAGACGUGUCCCAAGCAAGAUUCAGCUGAUUGCCAUGCAGCCCAUGGCAGCCCCUCCGGUCCAGAACUCCGUGCUCUCCGAUCGGGUGGCAGAGACCAACAAAAUCAAUAAAGAGAUACAAACAGCCCUGAGGCACAAAUCCGAGAUCGAGCACCACCGCAAUAAGAUCCGCCUCCGCGCCAAGCGCAAGGGCCACUAUGAGUUCCCAGUGGUGGAUGACGUGGUGGUGCUUGACUCCAAGGAGCAGCACAGGAUAUAUCGCAAGGCACAGAUGCAGAUUGACAAGAUCUUGGACCCUGGAGGCAGUGUGCCUACCGUCUUCAUAGAGCCCAGGAAGAGUUCUCGUGCAAAACGUUCUCCCAAGCAGCGCCGUCGCCAUCAGAUAAAUGGGAGCCCAAUUGAUGCUGAAAAGGACAGGUUAAUCACAACUGACAGUGAUGGCACAUACAAAAGGCCUCCAGGAGUCAAUAAUUCUGCAUAUAUUUCGGACCCAGACCUGCCAGCGGAGCCGCAGACGUCAUCCUCGGCGGAGGUGGGCAAGCUGGCGGGGCUGCCGGCGCACGCCGUGCCGCAGUACGUGCCACCGCAGCCGUCCAUCGAGGAGGCGCGCCAGACCAUGCACUCCCUGCUGGACGACGCCUUCGCCCUGGUGGCUCCCAGCAGCCAGGCCAGCUCCAACGCCGUGCCUGCGCCCGGGGGCUCCGCAGCACAGCCGAGAUACAUGGAAUUUGGAAUGACUCCGCCAGCAGCACCAGGUCUCCUACCGAGGCAAAACUUUGGGCCAGGUUUCCUUCAGCCUGCAGAGCUGAUGCACGGAGAGCAGCCACCCCCUGAGGUUCAGUACUCCUCCAGGGGAAUGUACUCAGAGGAAAUGCCAUCAGUGGCACGGCCACGGCCCGUUGGAAGCACUGCAGGUUCUCAGAUACAGCACCUCACUCAGGUGGGAAUUGCUAGCAGGAUCGGAGGUCAACCAGUGGAGCUCCCCUCAGGCAGAGCAGGGCAUGGCCAGCCGGGGGGGCCAGGGUGGCCCCAGUAUCGUGGAGAGGAUGAAUGUGCUAGGCGAGAUGCAACGCAUAUGCAUGGACACCAAGAAUAUUCCUCCUCACCAGUAUUCCAGAUGCAGAGGACUUCAGCCAGGCAGCCCUCAGCUCCUCCUGCUCAGCUUCCACACAACAACCUUCAGGGCCAGGGCCUUUGCUACACCACCAGUUCCACUGAGGACCUCCAGCCAGGUCACUCGUCAGCCUCUCUUAUCAAAGCAAUUCGAGAGGAACUUCUGCGGCUCUCUCAGAAACAGACAACAGUGCAGAACUUCCAUAGUUGAUUUAGCAUUCCUUUGCAAAUCUGCCAGGUAUCUGCUUCCUAUGGAAGCAAAGACUCAGAGGAAAUCAGCAAUGUCGUUCUCACAAAGGAAAGAACUUCCACAGCUCUGUUGACAGCACUCUGGAAAAAUCAAAAAAGGCAGCAAAAUGAGAAUAGUAAGGAGAGAUGGGGGACAAACAGGGUAAAUCAUCAGUGUCAUCACAAGUAAUAUUAAUUAAUCUGUUCAUAUUACGGUGCUCCUCUUCUCUCCUUACCUUCAUUCAGGCUAACAUAUAAAUAAAACCAUAGGUCAAGAACUCAGUACUUCAACAACAACAACAGAAAAAAAAA